AUGCAGGCAACCCUUCGCCAAAUCCACGGCGGUGACCACCGCCUGUCCAAACCUGCUGAGCUGCAGGUCCUCGAGGAGGAGCUGGAUCGGCUGAUACUUCGCUCUGCCGCGGCGGUGCGGAACCUCACGGUUUGCAACCAAUCGGCUCUACGCCUCCUGUACCUGUGGUACGGCAUGGGCUAUGGGUCCAUGCUCCUAGUGGAUCUGCCGCCUCCUUCGACGGCCAUGGUAGACAUCGACCACUUCUCCGAAAGGCAGAAAGCUUGCUGCCACGAGGUGUUUGCAAAGUUCAAGUCCCAGUGGUUCGAGGAAGUCUGUGCCAUCCUCCGCGAGGAGAACCUGCACUUGAGGAGCCCUGCAGAACAGCGAUUCUUCGCCGGGAUCCGGGCGCUGCUGUCGGUACAGACUCGGGACCUGGUAGCACAGUCUGUGGCUGCCUAUGCCGACUUCUUCCGGCGUUUUGAUGACCCGAAGCCCUUGAGUCCAGAAGAGGUUGUGCAGCUCAAGGACACGGAUGAUCGCCAGGAUGCCUUCCUUGUCGUCAAGCUGGUGCCGAAAGGUGACGAAGUGAAACUCAAGGACUCAACGGAGCGCGUGGUUGAACGCGUGCUCAGAGUGUUCAAAGAGUUCGUCGUUUGCUUGAACGACAUCCCAUCGCCAGAAAGUCGGAUUCAGGGUGGAGGAAGCGGGGCCAAAGAGAGUUCCAAGAACCUGUGGGGUACAUUCCUGGAGGAGGAGUACGUGCAGGAGGCCCAGAAGCUCAUCGAGCAAACGGUGCAGUUCAACAUGGGCAACGCCUCCGAGGCUGAGCGAAUCUACAAUGAGUAUACCUUCCUCAUCACCGAGGAGGAAAGAAUCAAAGAAUUCCUGAAGGAUUCUUCGGCAUCCAUACCGAAGUACUUAGAGAAAGUCGAUGCCCUGAAGGCGAUCGAUCUCCGAAUCCGGCAGCAGCUGCCCAACGAGAUGCGCAUGCAGAUGGUGACCGUGGAUUGCCGGGAGCUGAACGAAACGCUCCGCAGCCGCGCUGCUGACUGCAUGAGCAUCCUGCUCGAGCAUGUGGUCGGCAUGAACUUGGAAAGGAACGAACGGCUUUGCAAGAGUUUCGGCAACAUCAGUCGUCAUCCUCCAGCAUCAGAAAUGGGCCGAUCUAUUGCGACUCUGCUGCUGUUGUCCCCGCUCUUGGCUUGUGGUCAGGACUUCCUGGCAGUGCGGAACGAGAGCAAAUCGGCUGUUGGCGGCUGCAGCAGCUAUGGCUGCAGCGGCUGUGGUCGCUGCUUUAACGCCGGCAGCCGCCCUGGCGUUAUGUGUGCGUCAGGUGGCCAGAGCGGCUAUCACUGUCCGGCCGAGCCCACGGGCAACGGCGACGCCACCUAUGCUUGCCUAGACUGGACGUUCGGCAGCGCGGCGAUGCGCUCCGGGGAAGCUCAGUUCCAGCAGCAGACGGGCGAGAAGGUCUACUUCGGCGUGGGCACCUAUGGCACAACCACCGAUCCCCAGCGGGGGCUUGGCGCCUGCUACCGGCUCAAGGUUGAAGGUGUCGACAGGGACAUCAUUGCACAGUCCGUCAACACAGGCUGGGACGUCGAUGGCAAGCAGUUCGACCUCCAGAUGGGAGCAGGCGGCACUGGAGCGUUCAACAACUGUGCCGGUGGCGCUGGCAGCGUCUUUCCAGGAGGUAAGUCCUCGUGGGGCUGCACCUACGGUGGUGUGGACACCCGCAGCGCUUGCAGAGCACUGCCCUCGAAGCCGAGCCAGGCCUCCGCGAUGGCCGGUGCUGGAGACUCCUUGGUCCGGAUGUGCGAGUACAGCUUCGACAAGAAGGUGCGGGUGUCUGGUGAGGGCCUUGCUGCAGGACCAUGCAAGUACAACCCUACCUUGCUGGAUGUGGCGCGAGUGCGCUGCCCCGAGCAGUUAGUCUCGCUGACGCAGAUGCAGCGCUCGGAUGAGCCGGGAGGCUUUGGCUUCGCCGCGGCUUCGCGUGCUUCUGGAUUUCCCAAUGCUGGAGGCACCAAUCGCUGCCGCUCCGAGGACUGGGGUGCAGGGCUUGCAUACUGCCUGACACGGAUGAUGGACUGCCUCUGUGCGCAAGCAGAUGUCAAUCCGGAGCUGCACAUGGGAAAUGAUUGUUGCAGUUUCGGAGGAUCGGGGGGGUCUUUGAAUCUUGGCUUGGUUGCGAGAGGUUGCACAUGUAUGCAGAAUUUGUCACAUCCUUCUGUACCCUCAUCCAUGGAGGUUGCUUCAGGCGUGCUUCUUGCCUUAGGCCCCAGGCCCUUAGGCCUUAGGCGAGGCAGGCAAUGCCAGGCAAGCUUCUAG